UAAACCCAGUCGCGUGAAGAGAUGGGGUUAUUGAUCGUGCUGUUUGUCCCACUUUUGGCGGUGGUGAUUGCCCUGUUAGGGUAUCUGAAAUGGAUUCAAGGCUACUGGCAGCGUCGCGAUGUUCCGGCUGCCCGAAAUACGCACAUCUUGUUCGGAAAUGUGGCCGGAAUGGGAACCAAGGUCCACAUGGCCAUCACGUUGCAGAAAAUCUACCGCGAAUUUAAGGAACGAGGUUUGGCCUUUGGUGGGUUCAAUAACUUUUUUGCUCCCACCAUUUUGGCCGUGGAUCCGGAGUUUGUAAAGUUAGUGCUGGUGAAGGAGUUUAAUGUGUUCCACGACCAUGGCUUCUACACGGAUCCGGAAAAGGAUCCGCUAAAUUCUCAUCUGUUCAAUCUGGAUGGUGCGCAGUGGCGCGUGAUGCGCCAGAAACUUUCGCCGACGUUCACCUCCGGAAAGAUGAAGAUGAUGUUCGUUACGGUGCAGUCAGUGGCGGACGAGUUGAAAAAGUAUGUGGAAUCGAACUACCACCGAGAGGACUUGGAGAUACGGGACCUGAUGCAACGGUUCACCACGGAUGUGAUCGGGAGUGUUGCGUUCGGUCUAGAGUGUAACUCGUUUAAGGAUCCUGACUCGAAGCUGCGCAAGAUGGCGGCUAAGGUUUUUGAGCUAUCACCGAAAAUACUGUUGCAGAUUUUCGUUGGGAUUCAGUUCAAAGGAUUGGCUAGGUGGCUGAAGCUUAAGGUAACCGAUGAUGAGGUGGAGAAUUUUUUCAUGGAACUGGUUAAGAGUACGGUGGAAAUUCGCGAGAAGGAGCAAGUGCAGAGAAAUGACUUCAUUAAGCUACUGCUAGAGAUUAAGAACAAUGGAAAAUUGAGCAAUGCUCCGGAUUCCGGUGGUGAUGGGCUGACCAUGAACGAAUUGGCUGCGCAGUGUUUCGUGUUUUUUGCAGCAGGCUUCGAAACGUCGUCCACUACAAUGAACUUCUGCCUGUAUGAGUUGGCGUUAGCAGAAGACAUCCAGGAUCGUCUGCGGGAGGAGAUCAACGAGGUGCUUGGAGAAAAUGAUGGCCAGCUAACGUACGAUGCGUUGAUGAAGAUGGAUUAUCUGGACCGGGUGUUAAACGAAACUCUUCGGAAGUAUCCUCCAUUGGACAACACAUUCCGAAUGAACAGCACAGACUACACCGUCCCGGGAACCAACUACACCAUACCUGCUGGAACGUUUGUCCAAAUCCCUAUGUUCGCGCUUCAGAAUGAUCCCGAUCACUUCCCGGACCCGGAUCGUUUCGACCCGGAUCGCUUCCUUCCGGAAGUCGUCAAGUCUCGCCAUCCUUAUGCGUACGUUCCUUUCGGCGAGGGACCACGCAUCUGCAUCGGAAUGCGAUUCGGCGUGAUGCAGGCCAAAAUUGGUUUGGUCAGCUUACUACAGAGCUUCAGAUUCCGUGUCAACUCACGUACCCUAAUCCCGAUGGAGUUCGAACCUGCUUCAGUGACUUUGAGUCCGAAAAUUGGAAUGUAUCUACAGAUUGAGCGCGUCAAAUAAAGUCGAUUUCUCCAGUAGAAAA